UUCGUCGGUGCCGGAUCGAAACCGUUCGGGAGGCUCGCCCUUCGCUUCGUGCGCGCAGUCAUAAAAAAGUGAAGUAAAGUUCCAGUGCUUCAGGGCGGGACGAAUGAAAAGCUGAGUGCACUAGCGCUAUCACCGAUGAAAAGUGAACAAGUAGUGUACAGAAGUAGCGUCUCUCCCGGAUGGUGCAAUCCGAAAGCAGUGGAAUAACCUUCGCCCACAAGUGCUACCCAGUGAAAAUCGAUCCCCGUUGAAGCGUCUCUCCCGGAUGGUGCAAUCCGAAAGCAGUGGAAUAACCUUCGCCCACAAGUGCUACCCAGUGAAAAUCGAUCCCCGUUGAAGCUGCAGUGGGAAAACGUUGCUUUCCUACCCCCACCCCCGCAUAUAAAGGACGUAGGCUUUCGUAACAGCUCGAGUCGGAAUCGAAAACAGCAUCACGUUGGAAUACCAGGAGCAGCAGAGUUGUGCGUGUUCGCACAACGAAAACAAGUCUUCCUGUUUCAGAAUCAUGGUUACCAAAAUAUGGCGGAGCUGCUUUCCGUCAGCUGAAAACUCGCCACAUCACGUCGAACGACAUCAUUUCUAUCUAUGUCAGUGGCAAACUAACACUCAAGUCGGGAUAUGCUAUCUGAUGUACCGGUUAAUCGUGGCCAUUCUGCUGCUGGCAGUGCUCGCCUGUUCUGCCCUGGACAUUGGCCGAUCGGAACCCAUGCUGGAACAUCACUACGCCAAAUGGUGGAUCUACCUGACGCACUGGGCACUGAUAGCGUGCGCCCUGCAGGCCUGGCUGGCUGCAAUUAUCGUUACCAAAGGCCUGAUGAUUGACCGGAACGAGUUCGAAUGGAAUAUCCAUGUCGCCCGGGAGAGUCGAUUGCAUGCCGUCUACUGGGUUGUCUACACGAUUGCCACGGUUUACUCGUUCAUCGUCACGAUAGUCUAUUGGACGUUUGUGUACGACCCGGAGAUUCACCGAGUGGACGCCGUAAAUCUGAUGGUGCACGUGCUGAACUCCGUCAUAAUGCUAAUCGAUUUGACCAUUGUGGGACACCCAAUAAGGCUGAACCAUGCCUACUGGACGACUGGAAUCGGAGUGCUGUAUGCGCUGUUCUCGGUCAUAUACUACCUGGCCGGGGGCACCGACAGGCACAACGAGUCCAGCAUCUACAAGAUGCUCGACUGGCAAAAGCCGGGCAAGUCGAUUGUGGUUUGCGUACUGGGAGUAUUUUUCGUGUUUGUCAUCCACUUCCUGUGCUACUGCAUGUACUGCUUGCGGGUGUGGCUGUAUGCUCGCUUCUGUCUCCCGGAGCCGAUCCGAAACGGGUCCCGCAACGGUGAGAAGAUUAGCUGCAUUACCAGAAGCCUCUCGACGAUGGAGGAAUCCCAACGGGAGCAGUUCCUCAACCCAUCAACCGUCAUCGAUCUCAAGUGAUACGAGGAGGCAGCCCAGCAACAACAACAGCAACCGCAGCCACAACCCUCUGGUUCCGGUUCCAGUUCCGCCUACCGGGCCGGAGGCAACGAUCCUUCGGCCCAACCACUGAAACAUCACAAGCAACAACAGCAACAGCAACAACAACAGUAUCAUCAUCAGGAGCCACAACAGUCAUUCACGUGCGCUCGUUAGCUCAAGUAAAUUAUAAUAACGUUUUCAAGAGUCAUUGUUCGAUAGUAUAACGUUCGGAAGGGGGAAAAUUAUCCUUCAGAUGUUUGAUUAAAAGUAAAAAAAUGAGAGGAAAUUACACUCUUAACAAUAACAUAAAAAAGACGACGAACACACAGAGAGAGUUGUUUAGCGCAGUAACAAAUUGUGUAAAUUGGUAAUAAAAUUUUAAGUAGGUGGGUAGCUCUGAAGGUGAGUUUUUUGUAUACAACAGUUUUAAACCACACAGAAAGUUUAAAGAAAAAAAAAAACUGAAAAAUAUUAAUCGACUGUUACGAUGCAUGAAAGAAUGCGGUAGAAUCAUUGAUAUAUAUAAAUUCUAUAUUACCACAAACUAGCAAUGGUCGGUGUGAUUGAUGACGCAGUUUUCGAUCUCAGGAUAUAAAAAAAAAAGUUUGGCAUUUAAGCAGUGAUAACUACAGGUUCCUAUUUCCGGCGUGUAAAGCUCUCUGAUCCAUUGUAUUAUCUUUAGUUUAGGAUCAAGCCGCAUGCAUUUGAGUAUCUAAUCUUAGCACCGAUAUAGUUUUAGUCGAUUUGUUUAGCGAAUAAACAAACAUGAUAGAUUUUUCGCAUCACA